AUGGCUCGUAUUCUUUUUCAUCUACUUGCUUUACAAUUAGUGUUACUUGUAACCGUCUCUGGUUUAUUUACUAGUAGCGGAGUUAAACAUGCAACUAAAUAUGAACUUCAACAAAAAGUUCUUACACUUGGUUCAUCAUAUACAGUCAAAGAUGAUCAUGGUAAAUCAGUUUAUAAAAUAGGAUUUAAAACAAUAGGUCUUGGUAAACAUCUUCAAUUAACUGAUGUUGGCGGUCAAAAUGAAUAUUAUUCUAUUAAACAUGUUCUUAAUCCACUUGGUUUAGCUAAAUAUGAAAUUCGUAAAAAUAAUCAAGUUAUUGCUGAUGUCAAACGUAAAAUGAAUCUUAUUGGUGGUAAAAAAUUCAAUGUUAAAUCAAAAAUUGGUGACUUUAAAAUUGAAGGCAAUUUUCGUUCACGUGAAUUUAAAAUAAAAAAAGAUAAACAUCUUGUUGCUACUAUUUCAAAGAAAUUCUUUGCAAUGGGAGAUAAAUAUGGUGUUAAAAUUGAACAAGGUCAAGAUGUUCCAUUCAUUUUAGCUUUAGCUAUUGUUGUUGAUGAAGUAGCUCAUGGUUAA